CCAAGGGACCUUUCCAAAACUUUGUCUCCUAAAAAACUGCAAUUUCUUAUUUCUCCAUCUCUCUCGGCACUGCACUUGUGUUCAUAAUCAUACGUUAAUUUCCAUACAAAUCGAAAUGAUUUCAUCUCUCUCGUAGUUAACGACGAUGAAGACGCCAUUCGAACUCUAAUCAUUCCUUUAUUACGUUAUUCUGUGAACUGAAAUGUCAAUGGGGGACGAGCCUUUGUACCCGAUAGCGGUACUGAUAGACGAGCUGAAGAACGAAGAUAUCCAAUUACGAUUAAAUUCGAUCAGAAGGCUUCCAACAAUCGCACGCGCUCUCGGGGAGGAACGUACCAGAAAGGAGUUAAUUCCUUUCCUGAGUGAAAACAACGAUGAUGUCGACGAGGUUCUUCUUGCAAUGGCGGAAGAAUUGGGUGCGUUCAUUCCGUACAUCGGAGGAAUAGAGCAUGCCAAUGUGUUGUUACCCCCUCUUGAAACUCUAUGCACCGUUGAAGAAACCUGUGUAAGGGAGAAAGCUGUCGAGUCGUUAUGCAAGAUUGGUUCACAGAUGAAGGAGACUGAUUUGGCUGAGUCUUUUGUACCAUUGGUUAAGAGGCUGGCAGCUGGUGAAUGGUUCACCGCGCGGGUGUCUGCUUGUGGGUUAUUUCAUAUUCCGUAUCCAAGUGCCCCAGAGAACUCAAAAGCCGAACUGAGGUCAGUAUAUAGUCAGUUAUGUCAAGAUGACAUGCCUAUGGUUAGGAGAUCCGCUGCUACAAACUUGGGGAAGUUUGCCGCUACUAUGGAACCUGCUCAUCUCAAGACUGACAUCAUGCAAAUAUUUGAGGAUCUUACACAGGAUGAUCAAGAUUCUGUACGUUUACUAGCCGUUGAGGGUUGUGCUGCACUUGGGAAGUUGCUAGAGUCCCAGGAUUGUGUUAAACAUAUUCUUCCUGUCAUUGUCAAUUUUUCUCAGGACAAGUCAUGGCGUGUUCGGUAUAUGGUAGCUAAUCAGUUAUAUGAACUAUGUGAAGCUGUGGGCCCUGAACCUACCAAGUCAGAACUGGUUCCAGCAUAUGUAAGGCUACUUAGAGAUAAUGAAGCUGAAGUACGCAUUGCAGCUGCUGGAAAAGUCACCAAAUUCUCUCUGAUUUUAAAUGCAGAACUUGCAAUUCAGCAUAUUCUUCCAUGUGUAAAGGAAUUGUCAUCGGAUUCUUCUCAGCAUGUCAGGUCUGCUCUGGCCUCUGUUAUAAUGGGCAUGGCCCCUGUUUUAGGAAAAGAAGCAACAACCGAACAACUCCUUCCCAUAUUCCUUUCACUUCUAAAGGAUGAGUUCCCAGAUGUACGCCUCAGUAUUAUCAGUAAGCUAGAUCAAGUGAAUCAGGUUAUUGGGAUUGAUCUUCUGUCUCAAUCUUUACUACCGGCCAUUGUUGAGCUGGCAGAGGACAGGCAUUGGAGGGUUCGAUUGGCUAUAAUCGAAUACAUACCUUUAUUGGCUAGCCAAUUAGGUGUAGGAUUUUUUGACGAUAAGCUAGGUGCUCUCUGCAUGAAAUGGCUACAGGACAAGGUUUACUCCAUCAGAGACGCCGCUGCUACUAACUUAAAGCGCCUUGCAGAGGAAUUUGGCCCAGAUUGGGCAUUGCAACACAUUGUUCCACAGGUAUUAGAUAUGAUUAAGAACCCACAUUACUUGCAUCGUAUGACCGUUCUUCGUGCAAUUUCUCUACUUGCACCUGUUAUGGGGUCAGAAAUCACUUGUUCUAAAUUGCUUCCUGUGGUUGUUGAGGCCUCCAAAGACAGAGUGCCAAAUAUCAAAUUCAAUGUAGCAAAGGCCUUACAAUCCAUGACACCCAUUGUUGACCAUACUGUUGUGGAGAGUACCAUUCGACCAUGUCUGAUUGAGUUGUCUGAGGAUCCGGAUGCUGAUGUCCGCUUUUUUGCAAACCAAGCAAUUCAGGCUAUCGAUAACAAGACGACUUCAAGCUAGAAAAAUCCGAGUUGAGCUUACCUGACGUUUCAUCAGUUUGUUUUACAACAGUUAUUUUUUAUGAUUUAUUUAUGUUUUUGUUUAUUUAAAAAGAACACGUGAAUAUUUCCUCGUGUUAACCCACAAAUUGAAUUGAACGAAGAGAUUCAUAGAGUUCAAUAAAUGAAAGUAAGCAUUGAAGAUUUGCAAUU